GUCUUAAAAAAAAAAAAAAAAAGUGUAGCCCUAACAGAGCCCGCAAACGCCCUUUCUUAGCGUCAGCCUCUGGACUUACACUUGGCAGCGCUGCGCCUCUCCGGGAUCUCCCUCCCUCCUCCUCCCUGUGGCCCCGCGGGCGGGAGGGAGGCGCAGGGUGGCCCAGCCUGGGUGGUCUCCUGCCCCGCCCCCUGCGGCGCCGUUACCUAGCAGCGGGCCCGGCCGCACGGCUAGGGUAAUUUGCGGGCCCCUCAGCCAAUGGGAGGGCGUCGCCCCGGCCAGCUCCCUUUUCUGAAGCUCCAGCCGCCUCCCGGGCACUGCAGUCGCCACCUCGAACCCUGCUGUGCGUCUCGGGCCAGCAAUUCCGUCUGCGCGCGGAACCCAUUCCUCCUCCAGCCGCCGCGGCCCACGGCCCACAGAGCGGGUGAACCCCGGCGCCGCGCCCCGGGCCCGCAGCUCCCUGCACUCCUCCCUCGCAGCCGUCUUAACACCGGCACCCCACAGUCUCUCCCACGCCUGCGCCUUGGCGGCCCCACUGAAUCCCCACGCGGGGCCCAGCGGUACUGGGAGACCGGGCUAGCCUAUGGGAGCGCCCAGAUAACGCGGGUUGGGGGCGCCCGCGCCCCCCAUCCCCGCCAGCAUGACUCGAUCGCCGCCCCUCAGAGAGCUGCCCCCGAGUUACACACCCCCAGCUCGAACCGCAGCACCCCAGUGGGCAGCCGGGUGAGCCAGGAGCUGCAUUACACCAAGGAGAAGCUGGGGGAGGAGGCUGCAUACACCUCUCAGAUGCUGAUACAGACCGCACGGCAGGAGGGAGAGAACAUCCUCACGCCCGAAGCACUUGGCCUCCACCUCCAGGCAGCCCUCACUGCCAGUAAAGUCCAAGUAUCACUCUAUGGGAAGUCCUGGGAUUUGAACAAAAUCUGCUACAAGUCAGGAGUUCCCCUUAUUGAAAAUGGAAUGAUUGAGCGGAUGAUUGAGAAGCUGUUUCCGUGCGUGAUCCUCACUCCCCUCGACUGCUUCUGGGAGGGAGCCAAACUCCAAGGGGGCUCCGCCUACCUGCCCGGCCGUCCGGAUAUCCAGUGGACCAACCUGGAUCCAGAGCAGCUGCUGGAGGAGCUGGGUCCCUUUGCCUCCCUUGAGGGCUUCCGGGAGCUGCUAGACAAGGCACAGGUGGGCCAGGCCUACGUGGGGCGGCCCUGUCUACACCCUGAUGACCUCCACUGCCCACCUAGUGCCCCCAACCAUCACAGCAGGCAGGUUCCCAACGUGGCUCACGAGCUGAGCGGGGGCUGCCAUGGCUUCUCCCACAAAUUCAUGCACUGGCAGGAGGAAUUGCUGCUGGGAGGCAUGGCCAGAGACCCCCAGGGACAGCUGCUGAGGGCAGAGGCCCUGCAAAGCACCUUCUUGCUGAUGAGUCCCCGCCAACUAUACGAGCAUUUCCGGGGUGACUAUCAGACGCAUGACAUUGGCUGGAGUGAGGAACAGGCUGGCACAGUGCUACAAGCCUGGCAGCGGCGCUUUGUGCAGCUGGCCCAGGAGGCCCUGCCUGAGAACGCUUCCCAGCAGAUCCACGCCUUCUCCUCCACCACCCUGGACGACAUCCUGCAUGCGUUCUCUGAAGUCAGCGCUGCCCGUGUGGUGGGAGGCUAUCUGCUCAUGCUGGCCUAUGCCUGUGUGACAAUGCUACGGUGGGACUGUGCCCAGUCCCAGGGUGCUGUGGGCCUUGCCGGGGUACUGCUGGUGGCCCUGGCGGUGGCCUCAGGCCUUGGGCUCUGUGCCCUGCUCGGCAUCACCUUCAAUGCUGCCACUACCCAGGUGCUGCCCUUCUUGGCUCUGGGAAUCGGCGUGGAUGAUGUAUUCCUGCUGGCGCACGCCUUCACAGAGGCUCUGCCUGGCACCCCUCUCCAGGAGCGCAUGGGCGAGUGUCUGCAGCGCACGGGCACCAGUGUUGUACUCACAUCCAUCAACAACAUGGCCGCCUUCCUCAUGGCUGCCCUCGUUCCCAUCCCCGCGCUGCGAGCCUUCUCCCUACAGGCGGCCAUAGUGGUUGGCUGCACCUUUGUAGCCGUGAUGCUUGUCUUCCCAGCCAUCCUCAGCCUGGACCUACGGCGGCGCCACUGCCAGCGCCUCGAUGUGCUCUGCUGCUUCUCCAGUCCCUGCUCUGCUCGGGUGAUUCAGAUCCUGCCCCAGGAGCUAGAGGACGAGACGGUUCCAGUGGGCAUUGCCCACCUCACUGCCACAGUUCAAGCCUUUACACACUGUGAAGCCAGCAGCCAGCAUGUGGUCACCAUCCUGCCUCCCCAAGCCCACCUGGUGCCCCCACCUUCCGACCCACUGGGCUCUGAGGUCUUCAGCCCUGGAGGGUCCACACGGGACCUUCUAGGCCAGGAGGAGGAGACAAGGCAGAAGGCAGCCUGCAAGUCCCUGCCCUGUGCCCGCUGGAAUCUUGCCCAUUUUGCCCGCUACCAGUUUGCCCCCUUGCUGCUGCAGUCACAUGCCAAGGCCAUUGUGCUGGUGCUCUUUGGCGCUCUUCUGGGCCUGAGCCUCUACGGAGCCACCUUGGUGCAAGACGGCCUGGCCCUGACGGAUGUGGUGCCCCGGGGCACCAAGGAGCAUGCCUUCCUGAGCGCCCAGCUCAGGUACUUCUCCCUGUACGAGGUGGCCCUGGUGACCCAGGGUGGCUUUGACUACGCCCACUCCCAACGCGCCCUCUUUGAUCUGCACCAGCGCUUCAGUUCCCUCAAGGCAGUGCUGCCCCCACCGGCCACCCAGGCACCCCGCACCUGGCUGCACUAUUACCGCAGCUGGCUACAGGGAAUCCAGGCUGCCUUUGACCAGGACUGGGCUUCUGGGCGCAUCACCCGCCACUCGUACCGCAAUGGCUCUGAGGAUGGGGCCCUGGCCUACAAGCUGCUCAUCCAGACCGGAGACGCCCAGGAGCCUCUGGAUUUCAGCCAGGUUGGGAGAGGGCUGGAGGGGUGGAGUAGCACAGGGGCUGCAGGCCUCCUGGGCCCAGGCCUUCAGCCCUCUCUGCCUCUGCAGCUGACCACAAGGAAGCUGGUAGACAGGGAGGGACUGAUUCCACCCGAGCUCUUCUACAUGGGGCUGACCGUGUGGGUGAGCAGUGACCCCCUGGGUCUGGCAGCCUCACAGGCCAACUUCUACCCCCCACCUCCUGAAUGGCUGCACGACAAAUACGACACCACGGGGGAGAACCUUCGCAUCCCGCCGGCUCAGCCCUUGGAGUUUGCCCAGUUCCCCUUCCUGCUGCGUGGCCUCCAGAAGACUGCAGACUUUGUGGAGGCCAUCGAGGGGGCCCGGGCAGCAUGUGCAGAGGCCGGCCAGGCUGGGGUGCACGCCUACCCCAGCGGCUCCCCCUUCCUCUUCUGGGAGCAGUAUCUGGGCCUGCGACGCUGCUUCCUUCUGGCAGUCUGCAUCCUGCUGGUGUGCACAUUCCUCGUCUGUGCCCUGCUGCUCCUCAACCCCUGGACGGCUGGCCUCAUAGUGCUGGUCCUGGCGAUGAUGACGGUGGAGCUCUUUGGUAUCAUGGGUUUCCUGGGCAUCAAGCUGAGCGCCAUCCCCGUGGUGAUCCUCGUGGCCUCUGUAGGCAUCGGUGUUGAGUUCACAGUCCACAUGGCUCUGGGCUUUCUGACCACCCAGGGCAGCCGGAACCUGCGGGCCGCCCGUGCCCUUGAGCACACAUUUGCCCCUGUGACUGACGGGGCCAUCUCCACAUUGCUGGGUCUGCUCAUGCUUGCUGGUUCCCACUUUGACUUCAUUGUAAGGUACUUCUUUGCGGCGCUGACGGUGCUCACGCUCCUGGGCCUCCUCCAUGGACUUGUGCUGCUGCCUGUGCUGCUGUCCAUCCUGGGCCCACCGCCAGAGGUGAUACAGAUGUACAAGGAAAGCCCAGAGGUCCUGAGUCCACCAGCUCCACAGGGAGGCGGGCUUAGGUGGGGGGCAUCCCCCUCCCUGCCCCAGAGCUUUGCCAGAGUGACUACCUCCAUGACCGUGGCCAUCCACCCACCCCCCCUACCUGGUGCCUAUGUCCAUCCAGCCUCUGAUGAGCAUCCUUGGUCCCCUGCUACCACCUCAGUUCCAGGGGACCAGGUCCAGCCACUGGGUGAAAAGAGCAGCUGAAGCACAGAGACCGUGUGUGGGCCAUGUGGGCUCACUGGGAAGCACUGGGUCAGGUGUUAGACGCAGGAUGGACCCCUGGAGGGCCCUGCUGCUGCUGCACCCCCUCUCCCGACCCAGCCAUCAUGGGCCUCCCUGAUAUCCAUACAGAACAGCCAGCACCUUGCACACCCAGGCCUGUGUGAACCUAUGUCUGUGUCACUUGAGAGUGAAAGCCAGCACUUCAGGCUGCAGUGCAGCCCUGUCCCCCUUCCCACCCCACACCGCUGCCCACUCAGCUGACCAAGCCUGAGAGACCCUCCAGCACCCUUCCUCAGUCCUGGCCCCACCGCCUGGUGACUCCUGGGCAGGCUCUUCAUAUCCCUGCCCACCUCCUACCAUGUCCAUUAUUUAUAUGAAAAUGUCUAUUUUUGUAGUGUACAUAGAUGUUAGCUAUGUUGAAAGUUUUAUUUUUUAAAGAAUUAAAUAUAUUCUAUGUGAACUCAU